CAGUUUCCAAAGGGGGUGUAGGAGGUGGGUUCUCCAUUCCUUUCAUAUCUGGACCUUAGAAGAAAACCAAUUGUCAGAUAGAGAGCCAUAUUAAGAUUUGUAUUCUUUUGGCUUGUAAAAGAAUUUCUUAUACUUGCGUAGUCUUUUGGAGUAGUGCUUUGGUUAGAGCUUGGUAGAUAGUUCCUAUGGUGAUUUCACUAUUGAUUUUGGUGAUAUGAAACAGAAAGCUAGGUUUUUCUGUAGUGUUUUUAGAAAUAGUGUCUUUCCACUUUUUCUUAUGACGAAACCUUGGAAAUUUAAUUCUCUCGGAGGAAGGUUGAAGAAGGAUGUUAAUGGUUAAGAUAUGAGAAUAUUUUUUUUUACGUUAUUGGAAGAAAAUAACAUUUACUCUCUUGGGUUUGACUUGUUCUAUAAGACCUUAAUUUAUGCUAUUCAAUACUUCUGUUAAUUCUUUUAUUUUAGUUUUUUAAAAUAUUUGGAAAUGAGAUUAUUCUUGUGGUUAAUUGAUAGAUUCUGCUGCUUUUACGUGAAAAUCUAUAUUAUCAGUCUAGAUUGUCUUCUUACCUUCUCUGCAUGAUCUCAUGAGCAAGUUCUUUCGCACCAUUGACUCGUAUUAUUCCAUUUUCACAAAGACUACGUAAAAACCCCCAUUUUCACAAAGACUGGUAUUAUUCCAUUACAUGUCUUCUACACCAAGACUUAGCCUUUACUUCCGUUACCGUUACUCCUCUUCUCAGCCACUAUCUACGCCGCUCCUUUCCCUCUCCCCAACCCCAUCUCCAACCAUCUCCCCCGUCCCACGCACCUCCCCCACUCCCCCUCGCACAUCCUCCACCUCCCCACUCGACCCAAAGCAGCUCAAAGCCUUCGAAUCCCUCAACAUCCCCACCCUCAAGAACCCCUGCGACCACCACCACCCCUCCUCCUCCAAAAAACCCCCCACCACCGUCGUAACCUGCGACACCGGCUCCCCAUUCCGCCUCGUCACCUCCCUCUCCUUCACAAACUGCUCCUCCGAUCUCUCCAUCUCCUCCACAGCCCUCAAAGCCCUUUCCCCCUCCCUCACCUCCCUCUCUUUCCACAACUGCCCUUCCCUCUCCGCUCCCCCUCACCUCCCGGACUCGCUCCACUCCUUCUCCGCCGUCUCCUCCUUCCCCCGCCUCUCGGGACUCUCCCUCGCUCGCCUCGUCAACCUCACCGACAUCACUGUCUCCUCCGUCCCUGUCUCCACCUCGGGGCUAUUCGUCAUCCUCGGGAACAUGCACGACAUCGUCUCCCUCACCAUCUCCCACGCCAAUCUCUCCGGGAACAUCCCAAAAUCCUUCCACUCGAAUCUCACAUUCAUCGACUUAUCCGAUAAUCUCAUCAAAGGACCAAUACCCACUUCGAUUACUCUCCUCUCCAGCCUCAAAGCUUUAAACUUGUCGUCGAACUUGAUCUCCGGCGAGAUACCCGACAGCAUCGGGAGUCGAAAAUUGAAUGUGUGAAAGUGAAUCGAUGAGAACUCAGCCGAGAAGGUUUCAAGCGGAGAAGACGAAGUGGGGGAGGAGAAGAGACGGCGUGGAUCCAUAGUAGGGUUGGAAGCUCUUUUUGAAUUGGGCUAAUUGCUUUUUAUUCGAACUGGACUAAUAACACUCUCUUGACCCACUGCCGUUGGGCAUUUUUCACUUAAUAUAGAUACAUUAGAAACAAAAGCCCAAAGUUUUAAUUGAAAUGUUCUGAUUGGCUAAAUUUAAUAAGUGACGUGGACAGCUUUAGAAGGCUUUAUUAGUUCCUUUUAGUACCAGGUAUAUUUAAUCCGUUUAUAAUUACCCGAUUAAAAAAAACAAGAGCAGCUGACUGUUGACCGCCAUUUGUACUAUACGUCUAUCACGUUAAAUAUAGGGGACUUGCAUAGCCGAUCAAGACAUAUGUAUGGAUAGAAGCAGAUAAAAAAAUUUGGUCCUGCAAAAUCAAAUCUGUGCUAUCAAAGGUACAAUAUUGAACCUGAGAUACAAACUCCUCACCUGUGAGCAUUAUAUCAACCAACUUUUACCAUCUGAAUUAUAGUAGAUCAUCGAUGAAAUCCUCCCCCCCCCCCCCCCCUCCCCCCCUUCCCUAAAUUGUUUUUAAACCUACCAGGCCCCUAAGCUGAUGCUUGAUCACCUUCUGUUGAGAACCGGCUCUUGAGACUUGCAUAUUCUUGAUCACCCUCCGUUCCUUAAAAUUACAUAUUCUAGAGAAAAAUUUUGUUUCAAAAAGAUCCAUUUUUUAUAUUUUCAAUGCAUGUUUUAUUAACUAAUUGCAAACUUCAAAAAAUUUAAUUGCACUAGUUAAAUUUUUAUUGGCUUAAAAUUAUAGAAAAAAAUAAACACAAAACGCUAUGUAAAUUUAAUGUGUUUAAUUAAAAUGUGUGAAAAAUAUAAAAUAUAUAACUUUAAAGAACAUAAAGAGUAUACGAUAAAUCUGCAUUGUUUUUGUGAAUAUUUAUAUCAAUUGUAUAUAAUAAAUGUAAUAAAUCAAAAGUCAGAUCUGACAAACAACCACGUCGCAAUCUAAAAGGAGUUAAAACUACGAAUCUAGGUGGUCCUCCAACGACCACCACUUGCAGUUGUAGUUAAACGGUAUGGACAGAAUACCCAACAACUAACCCAAAAAGAAAAAAAUACAAUUUACAUUUCUAGAAAUAUACACGAGUGACGCAUCUGUGUUACUGUUUACAUAUAAAUGUAAACGUGGAGGACUGAAUAAUAAUACAGUGUGAGUUCUAUAAAUUAAUAUUUAAUAAGUUAAUAGUUUUGUUUUGAAUUUAAUAUUUGUUUAAUUAGUUUCUUAACAGAUUAGAAAAAAAUGUAAAUUUUAUUUUAUAUUUAUAAGAUUUGGAUUAAAAUUCGAGUUUUCUAUAAUUAGCUUGAGCUAAAAAUAAAGAAAAACAUAGAUAUAGAAAAGUAGUCAUGUGUAAAAAAAGAUAUUGCUUAAAUCAGCAAUCAAAGAUCAUAUGUAACUGAAGAUAGCAUAUUUAUACCUUAGUUCACAUGCAGUAGUAUUUUAAUUCAGACUUUAUGCACAGAUAAACAUCAGUUCAUUUGUUUUAACAUUUACACACUUAAGUUUUAUUUUUCUUGUCAAUACCUUAUUUGACAAAGUUGUAUGAAUUUAAAAUCACAAGUUUUUUUUUUGUUUCACGCCAAAUUUGUUGUUUCAAAAAUAAACUAUUUCCUAACCCACACUUAUAUGAAUGUUGUUAGUGUAAACCUUCAGGAAUAGCGUAGAUGCGAAAGUAUCCCAUAACAUUAAGUUUUUACUAAUUAAAAAAACUAGAGGGUUUUUCCGGGCUACGCCCGGAUUUUUCCUUAUAAUAUUAUUAAAUUGAAUUAAACUUGCAUUUUUAGUAUUGAGUAGGGUUUUUUCUGGUGAGAUUGUAUUGUAAUUUUUUUUAUAUAUACAGAGUAAUGCAUCUCUUUUAAAAGGAUGGUUAUGCCUGAAGUUAUUGAUUCAACUGUUAUUAUAUAAUUUUGGUAAGUUGGUGCUAUGCGGCUUGUAUAUCUGAAUUAUUAGUUUUUAUCUUAUUACUAUAUAAAUUAUUCUGUUGAACUUGUAUUAAUUUGCAUUUUUUUUUUGUAUAUUAAGAAGUUUUUAUGUAAUACCAAAUAUCCUUCGAUAUUAUAAAAUAUGUUUACAACUUAUGAAAUAAAAAAUGAGUUUGAUAACUAACAAAGAACAUUAGCUUGAGCGAUGGUCUCCAGAACAACUUAAUGAUCGUAACAAAAAAAAAAGAAACAUAAAAGAAAAAGUGAUCAGUAUACUAUGUAAAAGCAAUAUGGCUGGCACGAGGUGCUAGGACUUCGCCAUCUGCUAUGGUUUAUGUUGAUUCAGUUCCCCCGAGGUGGCUCUCGGAUCAGGGAGAUCCUUCUAGUUUCUUAGCCUUUUGUUGUUAAAAAAAAUAUGGUAUGAUAUAAGAAACAUUAAAUUGUAGCUCCGAUAACAUAUAUAGGUACUCGUAGCUAGUGAUGAAGAGAAUUGUAAUUUUCCUGCAGUAGUAAACUUGAAAUUAAUUCUCUAAACUAUAUUUGCGAAGUGAUUUUGCCACAUGUUUUCUCUACAAUCAAUUUCACAAAACAAAUAUGACAUGACUAAUGAAAUUGAUGACAUGGCUUUCAGGAAAAUAUGACAUAUAUAAUUUCAUUUAAUGUUGAUUUAUAUUUUUGGCAAACUUAUUAGAAUAUGGUAAUAAUUCAUAUAUUACAUUUAAUAUUGAUAUUUCUUUUUGGCAAACUUUUUUAAAAUAAGGUAAUAGCUCAUACAUCAUCUAUAAAAUAAAUAUAUUCAUAUAAAACAUUUCAAAUUUCAAAAUAUUAUUAUUUUUGUAAUACUAAGGCUUUCAAAAAUUUCUACAAUUUUUUAAAAAUUAAAAAAUAUCUAAUCGUAAGAUCAUUAGUUUUUUAUAUACCUACAAAUUUUAUAAAUAUUGUUUAGGCUAAAUUUUUGACAAUCAUGCAAUGUUAUAUCAUUUUUAUUAGUUUUAUACAAAUUGAUUGUCACAUGUCAUUUUACAAUCAAUUUCAUAAAACAAAUAUGACAUGACUACUAAAAUUGAUGACAUGGCUUCCGGCAAAAUAUGACAUGGAUAAUUUCAUUAAUGUUGAUUUAUAUUUUGGCAAACUUAUUAGAAUAUGGUAAUAAUUCAUAUAAUACAUUUAAUAUUGAUAUUUCUUUUUGGUAAUUUUGUUAAUAUGGUAAUAGCUCAUACAUCUCCUAUAAAAUUAAUGUAUUCAUAUAUAACAUUUCAAAUUUCGAAAUAUUAUUAUUUUUGUACAAUUAUACAAUUUGUAUUACUAAAGCUUUCAAAAAUUUCUACAAU